AUGUCAUUUAGUUUGCCAUACAGAUACAUAAAUGCUGAGCAAUUGGCAGAAAUCAUCAAAUCGAAACCUGCUUCAGCUCUCAAAGAAUUCGCUGUAGUCGAUGUGCGAGAUAGUGAUUUUGUUGGAGGUAAUAUAGUCUCGGCGUUGAAUUACCCUAGUGAUACGUUUCAUGCUACCGUCGAUGAGUUGGUACAGAAAUUGCAGAAUGUACCCAAAGUGAUAUUCCAUUGCGCCCUCUCACAAGCUCGAGGUCCCAAAGCUGCUCGAAUAUACGCUGAGACUCGAUCUCAUGCCCAUCCCGAACCAGCUAUACAACAGGAGAUAUUCGUCUUGCGAGAUGGUUUCUCAGGCUUCCAAUCGAAAUAUAGGCACGACCCAGAGUUGAUCGAGAAGUUUAACAAGUAUUAUCAUGACUAG